AUCUGAAGAAGCUGGUGAGGGGGUGUGGGAAAUACUUAAGAAGAGGAAGAAGAAAAAAAGCUCAGGAGAAGCUCUGGGAUCACUGCUGAGAUGCGGUUGCUGGCUCUGAUCAGUCUUUUCAUUCAGUUUUUGACACCAACAUUUCAGCAGUUUCCUCGCCAAUGUGCCACCACAGAGGUCCUGUUAUCCAAGGAGUGCUGUCCCGUCUGGGAGGGGGACGGGUCGGCCUGUGGGGCGAGGUCAGGUCGGGGAGUGUGCCAAGAUGUGGUGGUGUCUGAGGAGCCAAAUGGUCCCCAGUACCCGUUUGAAGGUUUGGAUGAUAGAGAGAGAUGGCCACUGGUGUUCUACAACCGGACCUGCCGCUGCCUCCAGAACUACAUGGGCCAUAACUGUGGGGACUGCAGGUUCGGCCACUUUGGCCCGAACUGUGCCGAGAGGCGUGAAUCAGUCCGUAAGGAGGUGUUCCAGCUGUCCACUACAGAAAGGCAAAAGUUAAUUUCAUACCUUAAUCUUGCCAAGAACACGAUCAGCCAGGAUUAUGUGAUUGCUACUGGCACCUACCUGGAAAUGAACAACGGCACCAACCCUCUGUUCAGAAACGUCUCCGUCUACGACCUGUUCGUCUGGAUGCACUACUACGUUUCCAGACACGCUAUGCUAGGUGGCACCAACAAUGUAUGGAGGGGGGUAGAUUUCGGGCACUGGGCACCAGGCUUCUUACCUUGGCACAGAGUGUUUUUGCUGCGCUGGGAGCACGAGAUAAGAAAGUUAACUGGAGAUUUUACAUUUACCAUUCCCUACUGGGACUGGAGAGACGCACAGGAAUGUGAAGUAUGUACUGAUGAUCUCGUGGGGAGUCAAAGCCGCCUGAACCCGAACCUCAUCAGUCCAGCUUCUGUGUUCUCCUCCUGGAAGGUGAUUUGCUCCAGAGCACCAGAGUACAGUUUGAAUGGUGUGUUGUGCGAUGGCAGAGAGGAAGGACCCUUACUACGCAACCCUGGUAAACAUGACCGGAACCUGGCGAGCGGACUGCCCACGUCUGCUGAAGUGGACUUUACUCUGGGCCUGUCCCAGUACGACACCGGACCAAUGGACCGCACGGCCAAUAUGAGCUUCAGAAACACACUGGAAGGAUUUGGAGAUCCUCGAACUGGCCUUGGAAACAGUCCUAAGCUGGGAAUGCAUGCAGCGCUGCAUGUUUUCAUGAACGGCUCCAUGACUUCAGUGCAGGGCUCAGCCAAUGACCCAGUUUUCCUCCUGCAUCAUGCCUUUGUAGAUAGUAUCUACGAGCAGUGGUUGAGAAGGCACCAACCGGAAAGGUCUCAUUACCCCACAGCCAACGCUCCAAUCGGACACAACAGUGAAUACUACAUGGCUCCAUUCCUUCCUCUGUACAGGAAUGGAGAUUACUUCCUUUCCAGCAAAGAUAUGGGCUAUGAGUAUUCCUACCUUCGAGAUCCAGGCCAGCAGUUUGUGGAUAACGUAGCGUCGUAUCUGGAGCAGGUGAAGGGGCUCUGGCCGUGGCUCCUGGGGGCGGCUCUGUUGGGAGCGGUCUGCUCUGCGGCUUUGGCUGUGGGCUUGGCUAAAGCUGGCAGAUCAGCACUGAGGCGCAGGAGAAGAAAUCAGAGCUCUGAGAAGCAGCCCCUCAUAAUCAGCACAGACACUGAGGGGUCCUCUUCAUCCUACAGAACCAUGAGGCCAUGAGCAGGGUGGGCACUGGGGGGCAGCAUUGUAUUUGAAAUGAUGUAAUAAUUAACGUGGGCACUAGGAGGUAACAGUAUAUGUAAGAUGAUGUAAUAAGCAAUGUGAACUGCAGGGGGCUAUACAUACGCUAUACAUACAGGUUGUACAGGUUUACUGGAUUUGUGCUUUCAAUUUAAGGCCUAGUAACCAACCACUACAGAGUAGGUUACUGGAAUUGAGAGUAGAUUCUAAACUGGGCCCGGUUUCCCAAAAGCAUCUUAGCAUUAAGAACAUCUUAACAUGAAAAGAGAGAGAGAGUGCUCAGAGAGUGCUCAGUGUGAAGCUCUGGACCAUCUAAAAAUCAUCUUAACGCUAGAACCUUUUGGGAAACGCAACCUUGGGUCAUGGAAACGGCUUAAAAGGGCUGUAUCUUACAUUUUCUAUCAAGCAAAAUCCUUGCAUCUCCAAAAUAGCAACUGCGUAUGCUAAAGAAAAAUAAAAUUAAAAUUAAAAUUAAAAUAAAUUAACUUUCAAUAAAAGUAAAUGCAAAAAAAAAAAAAAAACUAAAAACUAAUCAAAUAAUCAAAGUAAUUUUGCAUUAUUUCUACUGGUUCAUUUAUCAUGAAAUUUGGGGUCAUAAAAUUAAGAUCCAAGGAUUUUGUAGGCAGAUCAGUCAUUCACAUUUAUUUUUUAUAUUUAUUCUUUUUUUUUCACUCUCCAACAUUCAGGUUGACACGUUUUUUUAUAUUUCUUUCUAUAUAAUAACUAGUGGUGUCCCAAUCAGAUUAUAUAUUUUGCCCCCAAAUCCCAUCUGAGACUCUUAAUGCUAAAUAUCAGCCAAUACAGAUCUGAUCCAAUCAUUAGUUGUUUUUAAUGAAUAAUACAUUAAUAAUAGAUUCAUUUAGUUUAGCAAUCAAUAACUGCUAAUAACUUUAUUGUACAUCUUUAAUAGUGUAAAAUAAAGUCUGAUUUACCUUACUGAACAUUCAGCUCCCAGUCCAUUUAAAACAGUGCAAUUAAGUUGCAUAUAUGUGAAUGUGUGUUUGUGUGUGUAGACUUGAGUAGAAUUUGAAGUGUUCUUUAAGCUCCACACUUAAGUAGAAGUACUAAAGUUUUUAAUUUUUUUGUACUUAAGUAUUGUAAGUACACUGCCUGGUAAAAAAAAAAGCACCGAAAAAAAAAUCAUCUAAUAUUUAAUUGGAUUGCCUUUAGUUUUGAUUGCUGCACACAUUCACUGUAGCAUUGUUUCAAUAAGCUUCUGCAAUGUCACAAGAUUUAUUUCAAUCCAGUUUUGCAUUCAUUAUUUUUUUUUACCAAAAUCUUGCAGCAGCAUUGAUGAUGGUAGAGUCUGACCAACCACUGCACAAAGCAGCUCUUCUCCAUCCAGCACAUCCCAAAGAUUCUCAAUGAGGUUAAGGUCUGGACUCUGUGGUGAACUCUCUCUCAAUCCAUGUGUGAAAAUGAUGAUCUCAUGCUCCCUGAACCCUGAACCCUUUCACAAUUCUUCUUGGAAUAUGGCCGUGUUCAUCAGGGAAGAAAAAAUCAGUUGAUGGAAUAACCUGGUCUAUAUUCAGUAUAUUCAGGUAGUCAGCUGACUUCAUUCUUUCAGCACAUACUGUUGCUGAACCUAAACCUGCAGACCAACUGCAGCAUUAACCCCACAUUAUUUACUUACUCCAGUAGAUACAGAUACAGCUUUUUAGUACCUAAUUACAGUAAUGAAAUAGUUUUACGUUAGUAGUAUACAUCUCUGUUUGUGGUACACAGUAAACUCUAAACUCUGUGUUUUAUAGUAAGGUAAAUGUUCUAUGAUUUGGGUUUCUAUAGUGUGUGUAUUAGCAUUAGCGUUAGCCUUCAUGCUGUUCUAAAUGCACUGUUUAGUGCUGGUUCAAAAACAAAGCAUUUAUUCUACAGAUUAUAUAUAUAUAUAUAUAUAUAUAUAUAUAUAUAUAUAUAUAUAUAUAUAUAUAUAUAAUGUCUGUUAAUUGCACCACAAGGAUACCACCAGACAGUGCUCUGAACAUUGUGUUUAAAAUACUAGGAACUGGAUUGUGAUUUAUCUAGGUCUGGAUCGGACCUGAUCCAAAUAUAUUUUAUCAUAUUGGGACAUCUCUUCAAACUUGCUAUGUUUUUUUUUUUAUGUGAAUAAAAUGUAGGUUUUCUGUAAUAUGUGCCCUUUAAACCUAGCUUUGAAAUAAAUUGUAAAACUUGGAUUGCUAACCCUUUAAAAAGCCUUAAUCAGGUUCUUGAACAUUCAGAAUUAGAACAUUUGUACUUUACAUAAUAUUUUAAAUAAAAUAUUUCAUUAGUAGAUAAUAAUUAAGGUAAAACUACAUAUCUCUGUAGAAUUAAAUUAACUGUAAUAAAAGCAUCAAAGGUAGACACUGUCACUCAUUGUUUUUUUUUUCCUUAGCAAAUUAUCACAAAGCCUCCCUAACUGUUUCUACAAUGCAUUGAUAAAACUAAAUUCAAAUUAAAGUUUUGUGGGAAACAA